ACGUGGACCAGCAACUGAAAAAAAAGUGAAGGGAGUGAGUGUUUACAAGGAUCGGAAGCCCAAAGUGUGUUACAGUGAGAUCGCAACAAAAAAAAAAGAAAAAAAUAUCAGCCGAAACGAAAAUGUAAACAGUAGGCGGUUUUGUUUUGCAAAGUGAAGAGCAGUAGUUCUGAUGUGUGUGUUGGAAAAUAGUAAACAAAAGGAAGCCCAAGUGUGAAGCCGUGCGCGCAUGUGAACGCAGCAAGUGUUUUAUUUUGCUGGGUUUUUCCCCACCAAAUGAUGCAGCCGGCGUUGCCUGGCUACCGGUACAGUGGGCUUCUGUCAGUGCGACAAACAACAUCAGAAAAUCUUGUGCAUGACGAAUUACAAUGACGUCCUCAUAGAACGGAGUGCCGUAUUUGAUGAAAGUACCCAGAGAGUAGUAGUGCGAUAGGAAAACGGUAGCACCAGUGAACAAGUGGUGCCACUUCAGUUUACUUGCACCCAGUAGUUCCAGCAGCAGUUCCUUCAACUUGUGAGCAGUCGUUGAACGGUGAAACAACCCUGCAGAAUGGACAAAUCGUCGUCGGGUGCACCGCCCGGACCUAAAGUGUCCCAGAUUGCGAACCUAUUCCAGCGCAAACCGGUGGAAAUCGCACCGGACUCCGGGAAGGAUCUGUCCGGCAGUCAACCUUCCCCCACGGCGACGGUGGUACGGACGGAAUCGCACGCAGCACGGUUCAACAACGCACGAGCCUUGUUCGAAAAGUUGGGCGAAGGACGCGUCAACAGACCGCCUCCAUUCAGUAUUAAAAUGUCACAUUCCAGCAGUAAGGAGGAUAAUUUGUCGGAGGUCGGAUCCGAGCAGGACCGAUCGCCGUCUCCCAAGCGAAAACAUCACCCGAUAACCAACGGUAUCGGAAAGCUAGACUCCAAUAGAAUAUUGAAUCAAUCGAGACUAAAAUCGGAAAAGCCCGAGAAACCCGAAAAGCCCGAACGGAAGUUCAACUCUCGGGAACUGAUCGAGAAGCAGAAAAAUUGGACGUCCCAUUUUUCCAAAACACGAACAACGAAAGGUGGCAGUGACUUCAAUCGAUGUGAUAUCAUCCGGACUGUGCCGGGAACGGGAAUAAUCGCUAGUGCCGGAACACCGGUCAACAGUGGUAGUAGCAUAGCGGCGGCUGCUCCUCCGAUCACCACCAACGGGAACGGUGUGGUGCAGGUUCCCAAGGAAAUCCAUUACGCACCGGCUCACCCGCCACAUCGGUUGCAGUCACCCAGCGAACCACCUCCUAGUCCUCCGAAAAGGCAAACACCGCCGCCGCCACCACCGGAGAAGGGUCCCCGUAACAUACGCCAGAGUUCUUUCCCAUCGCCAACCAAAAUUCCUCCAGCAGUUCCUCCUCACGCGACCGAUCCGAGCUCGCUGAGUCCCACCAAAAUAAGCCCGGAAAAGCUUAAAUCUCCUCCGCGUCAAGCCGAACCUCCUCCGGUGGCUGCCCUGCCUCCGGUCGCACCGAUUCGCAACAGUAAAUCCGAUGAACCACCGGAAAAGGGUGUCCGGAAGAAGUCCCUCGAAACCACCCUGGACGAUGAGCCGGGUAAAGCAUUUAAAUACCCGGAGCUGGGUGGCCUACGGCGGCAAUCCACCGAAAAGGACAGUGGAACCAGUGGUCUGACUUCGCCGGCUCAUGCCAUCAGCUCAUCGCCGAGUCCCGGAGCCAGUGCCUCGUCCGGACCGUCGUCACCGAUCCACACCGAAGACGAGAAACAGGAGAACGAACCCACGGAAAAGGCUGCGACCGACUGCGGUGGCAAGCUGGACGAGGACGAAGGGGUUGCGGCAGAGGAAAAAAGCAGAAAAUCCUCCCGUUCCGAAGACAACGACGACCAGCAUGUCACACGGCGGAAAAAAGUGUCCAGCAUUUGCUUCCAGGUCCCGGCGGCCGGACUCGGGGCACGUCCGCCCAGCAUCAUCAGCAGCAGUACCACCACGGACGAGGGCGGUUUCAACGAGCCGUCACCGGAGAUCAAGGCCAAACUGAAGCCGGCCUAUGAUUUCGAUAUAAUUGCACCGGCACUGCCGGCUUCCCCGCCACGCCGUUCGAUUGCCAGUACCAAUGGUGGUGGCGGCGGCGGCGGCGGUAGCGCGGUGAUUGCGUCCAACGCUUCGGCACAGUUGAAAGACGAUCAGGCGGAACCGCUGAUGAUAGAAGAGCUCAACUAUGCCGAUCUCGGUUAUCGAUUGCGUCCGGAUGGAACGGAUUGUGACGAGAUCUACGGCGAGAUGGAGGACUAUCGAAGUGCCAAUAGCAGCAGUAUUAUCUCAAGUAAUCAACCAGCGUUAGACUUAUGCCACGGUACAAGCGUAGAAAGUAGGAAUGCUCUUAACAAUAUUCGAUCUCAUUACAAUACUAACGACACCCGGAGCCCGGUGGUGACCAGCGACAAAAGCAACGACGUGCCAACGACGGAAGUGGAUCAGGCUUUGUACGCAUCAAUCGUUCCAACCGCGUCGAUUGAUUCCGGCUCGACAAUCACCAGCAGCGAGCUGGCGUUCAUGGAUUUGGAAAAGGACGAGGCUAAAAUACUGGACUACGAUGAGCUCAGCGAGGGUGAAAAGGGUUACCACAGUCCACAGACGAUUCUGGAUCCGACGAGGGCAACCUUGUCGGAGUACGAUGAUGAUUACAGCAACAAGACACUACCGGAUCCGCCGUCGCUGGCAUCGAUGCGGCCACCGCCGAUCCCGGAAGGGCCACCGUUGGACCUGCAGGAUGUGCAGUAUGCCGAUGCGAGUGACAACGAACCCGACAGUUUGGUUCUGCCGGACGAGAUGACGGCGGACGAGGCGGAACGGUUACUGAGUUCAAGUAUUUUGGAGUACAAAAUCAGACAACAGCCGCUUCUUUCGGACGAACAGGCCCGCGAAGUGGAACAAAUUUUGCUCAACAACAAAACCAAAGUCGAAACUGACUCUGAAAAGCAGAAACCGCCACCACUGCCGCUGGUGGAACCGGAGGAACAAUCCUGCGCCCAACCGUCAUCACCUCCGGUAGCAGGAAUAACCCAUCAGGGUUCAACUUCCGACGAGCCGGAUUGGUUGCGGGAUGUUCUGGAGGCGCCGAAGACUGCCUCCGCCACAUCCAGAGAAAAGCCACCUCCGCCACCGCCCCAUGCUCCCACCGCAGUUCAGGUCAAUGGACAUGCUGGGGGGACCACAUUGGAACCACCGGCACCACCAAGUCGUAACAAUUCCACUAGUCAGUAUGAGGAAACGAGUCUCGGCAACAACACGACCGAUCUCCUCAAUCAAACCAUCCUCGACUCCUCGUCGAUACUGCAAGAUUCGUACGUAUCGGCCGAUUCCUCCAUGCCAAGUGUAACCACGUCGGAUAGUUUGAACCUCAGCAAGCAGGAAGAACAACAGGCGAACGAUGCCGAAGCGGACGUAUCCGGGGAUGAAAGUAACAACUCGGGCUUCUUCAUACCGGAAUAUCCACCGGUAAAAAGUAAGGAAGUGUUCGUCAAUCCGGAUGGGGUGCACUUCUACGAGGAUGGCAACUUCUGGAUGGAAGUUCCCGGUCUGCUGGAUUCGGAUCGGGACGACGAGGAGGAGGACUGUCGCAUCAUCAAGAAAAGCACCAAGGUGAAGUUCAGCACGAACCCGAUGCAGGUGUUUUCCACCUUCUCGGUGAAUGACUACGACCGGCGGAACGAGGACGUGGAUCCGGUGGCGGCAUCGGCCGAGUACGAACUCGAGAAGCGGGUCGAGAAGAUGGACGUUUUCCCGGUGGAACUGAUGAAAGGUCCCGAAGGGUUGGGGCUGAGUAUUAUCGGAAUGGGUGUCGGUGCCGAUGCGGGUCUGGAAAAGCUAGGAAUUUUCGUAAAAACUAUUACUGACAACGGUGCCGCUGCACGUGAUGGAAGAAUACAGGUGAACGAUCAAAUCAUCGAAGUCGAUGGUAAAAGUCUAGUCGGUGUUACGCAGGCCUAUGCCGCUUCGGUACUACGUAACACAUCCGGUCUGGUGCGGUUCCAGAUCGGGCGCGAGCGUGAUCCGGAAAAUUCCGAGGUCGCUCAGUUGAUUCGACAGAGCCUACAGGCCGACCGAGAAAAGGAGGAACGAGUCAAGCGGCAAUUGGAGGAUUAUCUUCGCCGGAAUACGGAAAUUUCCGAGGAUUCGACCUUGCCCGUUUCGGCUAACUCAAGUGUGUCGGAGGGCCCGGUCAGUCCGACGGCUGCCCAGGCCGAGUCACUCUUCGAGACGGAAGCUGCCCGUUCGAGCGAUGUGGAAUCGCUGCGCCGUAUCCUGCAGGAGAAUCUUAAAACCAUUGCACUGCAUGAGGGCGAUAUCCUUAGUCUCAAACAACAGCUUAUCAAGUAUCAGCAGAGCUGCAACGAGGCUGAGUUGUUGGCCGAGCGGAUGAAGCAAACCGAACGGGAGCUGGCCAACAUCAAGAAGGAAGCCAACAACUAUCAGAACAUGUUGCAGCAGAGCCAGGCCCAGUACGCCACACUGGAGAAAAAGUACGGCCGGGUUAAGAAAAUUUUGCGCGAUUAUCAGCACCGCGAACGAGAUAUGAUCCAAUUCCAGGAGUACUACCUCCAGCACCUGCAGGAAAAGGAUACCGAGUACAACGCUUUGGUCAAAAUGCUAAAAGACCGAGUGAUCCAUCUGGAACAGGAACUGCAGGAGACUCAACGAAAAGCCGGCUUCCCAGUGAUACUGCCGUACGAUAGCACCAGCUUGAAGCUGACCCCGCAAAUGACUCGAAAACAACCUCCGAAACCGGUGUUCCAAAAGCUGGAAACAGAUCUGUCCGAUACGGAAUUUUCCGACCUGUCUCCGGACGGCGAAGGUGAGGACGGCAAGACGGCUACGGUCGAACGUAAAUUGCCCGUACAGAAGGACGACGAGUUGGAUACGGCCGUCCCGCAACAUGAGCUAUUGGAUAAUUCCGUCAACAAAGGAAAAAGUGAUUUGGUAGCGCGAGGAGGUAAAUCAAAGCGUCUUCCAGGUAAAAAGAGUCACAGCAAUAGUGGCUCGGACUGUGCGCUGGAUGAAAGCGAGGAGGAAAUUACCGAUUCUACUUCGGUGUCCCACGAAUACAGUGGACUGUACAGCACACCUCAGAUCAUCAACCGUCAGGUGAAUUCCAUCAAAAAUGGCCAGGAGAAUUCAGGUCUUCCGGUGUACGCUCAGGUGAACAAAGAACGCGCCGAUCAUCAUCACAAUGUAGCACAGACACAACACUCGACUAUCCCGAAUAUCUAUCGAAAUGCACCCACAGACAACAGCAAACUAAAUUCCAGCUACGGUUCCGAUCUCAAUGCUUCCUCGUAUGACAGUGAUCUUGGUUCGUCGACCGACAAACUGAAGGACAGUGGAGUUUCCAGCGAAAGUUGGAUGUAUCCAUCCCGAAGACCCAAGGGAUUGAAAGGAAUAACGCCACCGGUACUGGCGGAACAGCUCAAGGAACGGCUAGCAGAACGACGCACUCUGGAUGACGGCUCUUCGCGUGAUUCCAGCGACGACUACUCGGAGAUCAACCAGCGACACAUCAGUCCGGCUGCGUCGCUGUCGCAGAAUUUAUUGGUUGAAAUCAAGAAAGCAGUUAACGAGGCCCAGCCAAAAGUGAAAAACAUUCUUCCACAAAAUCUGUCUCCUCCAGGAAGUAGCAGUCCGUGGCAACAGCAACAGACGCCAUCGAGUCAGCAGGCAGGCGGAAACGGUUCCCAGGGUCCACCCUCGCCGUCCAGCGCCAGCAGCGGUUCUACGUCACCCGGUGCGUAUUCCCCCAGUCGCACCCUGGAUCUGUCCGGAUCGACGUCGAGUUUUUCGAGUGAUCGCCUGAGGGAUUCACACCAGUGGAAGAGUGGCCCGGUCGAGGAGUGGUCUAACGAACAGGUCUGCCAAUGGUUGCUGGGCAUCGGUCUUGAACAUCACAUUCCUGCCUUUGUGAAGCACUCGGUCGAAGGGGGAGCACUGUUGCAGCUGGAAAAGCCGGACUUUAAAAUUCUGGCCGUUGGUGGCGAGGACAAGAAACACCUGAAGCGCAACAUCAAGGAGUUGCGGAGGCUCAACGAGAAGGAACGGAAACAGAACGAGAAGGACCGACGGGAGCGGGAGAAACUGAUCAAGAAAGCCGAGAAGAAGGCCGAGAAAGAUCAGAAGAAGAAGAAGUAACAAGUUUAGCCAAAUAUGAUCGUUUUAUGUGCAUUUAUCUAAGUAACGGUACAUAACAAAAUUGAAAAACUGAAUAAAAAAUAAUUAUUGAAACUGGAUUACGAAGUAAGAGGAACGAACGACAGUUGGAUCGAGGAGUUCUACGUUUUUACACAAAGUAAAAGCAACCAGGAAACUAAAUUUAGGCGCGUAGUGACAGCAUAGUCGUUUGAGUCUUUUGUUUGAUACUUUUUACCAUUUAAAUUAUUCUACAACAAAUAUGUUUUGUUGGUUAGUUUGUUUAUAUAGCAGUUAAUAGAACAGUUUAUUUAAAAACAGCAAAGCCCUUUUUAAGCAGAAAACACAAUAAUUAGUUGGUAGAAACUGCCGAAAAGUGACGCCGUGGAAAGACGGUGAGAGAUUAUUUUCUCCAUACAAAGUUUGAGUAAGGUUAAGGUGCGUGAUUUUUCUUUUUAUUUAGUUGUGCGUUACUGUAGAAGUUUUCUGUUCGAUUUGCCUGUGAGUUUAGAUUAUUUAUUCAUUUAAACACAGAACCACGCAAUUGUAUUCGAUUGGAAACAUCAAAAAAACAACAGCAGCCAUUCAUUGUUCUUUUUUUUUUAAACAUUUCUCUAGUGGCUCAUUAGCAGUGGAUGUGAGCUCGUCUUCCAAGGUGGGCUCUCUGCGAAUGUUCGCCUGCUGGGAGCAGAAACUAGGACAUACUAUCCACUAGACUUGUAGAAAGAUAGAAUUUAUACUAAAUAAACAAACCUGUUAGAAGUGUAGUUGACAUAAAACACAAAAAUCACAAAUAGUUAUGUUUUAAAUCUAAAAACACACCCAAUUGACGAGAAAAAACAUCACUGCUCAAUUCUCUGUAGAGUUUUCUUCCAACAUACGGGACGUUCGAUUCCAGGCAGAGAGUUGUGAUCAGUGUCAAAUGAGUUUGAAUGAUGGAAUGGGAGCUACGAAAAGACUUGGUAAACAGCUAGGCUACAAAGCUUACAACAAGAAGGUUGCUGAAAUGGAGGAUAUAUUGUCUUUACGCAAUAAUAUGUAUGUACUAUUUCGUUAAAAUAGUAGCGGAAUAAAUUGAAAAGAGUAAUUCAAAAAUCCAAACGAGAUUCAUCCAAGCAACAUUGCAUAGGCAACUAUGAGUAAUUGUAAAUGUAUUUAUUAUUUAUGAGUCACAAGAGGAACAAUAGUAGGCUUAGACAAGGAAAACGGAAUUUUUAAAUUGAAGCCAAAAUUUUCAACAAAAAAAAGAACAAGCAGACGAGCGACAAGUGAAUAAAACGAAAAUGAAUUCUUUAUGUUUUUGGUUUCAUUUAUUUCUAUUUUUUUUUUGUUUAGAGCGGUGGUUCUACUCAUAUUCAACAUGAUGUUUUCUACGAUAUAUUCGAGGGAGCGCAAGUUUAAAAUGUCAACAGAAGACGCUUGAAAUGUUUUUUGCCUUUCUCAUAUAGAAAGGUUAUGCAAUCACUGUGAAAACCGACUUUUGAACCGAGGCCCGGAGGGCCGAGUGUCAUAUACCAUUCGACUCAGUUCGUCGAGUACGCAAAAUGUCUGUGUGUGUAUGUGUGUGUGUAUGUGCGUAUGUGUGUAUGUAACGUUUUUUUUUGCACUAACUUUUCUCGGAGAUAGCUAAACCGAAUUUCACAAACUUAGAUUCAAAUGAAACGUCUUGUGGUCCCAUAAAAAAUUCCUGAAUAUUAUUUAGACAAAUACAAAUAAUAAUACCCCUAAGUCCCAUAUAAACGAAUCGCCAAUGUUUGGUUCACAGCCUGAACAAGUAAGCCUAGCAAAUAUCUCCCUUUCGUUGCGAUAGUGUGAAAAUGUGAAAGGAGAUCGUUUCUGGCAACGCUUUAUGCUAGAUGCUACGGUGCAAAACAAACUUGUUUGUUUAUCGUUGCUGUAUUAGACUGUAACAAUCAGUCUAAAUAUCGCCGGCUAAUAAACCGAGAAGCUUUCGAAAUGGUGAGAAGUUGCUUAGUAGAGGGAUGUGACACAAGAACAGGGUCGUCCGAAAUUUCGCUCCAUAGUUUUCCUAAGGAUCAAAAUAUGUAAGUAAUAUGUUUACAUAUUUUUCACUAUAAUAAACAGUAACUAUAGUGAACUUGUUCUUACCCUUCAGUGUUGCUAGUUUUAUAGAAAAUUCGUUAAAGUACACUCUGACAGUGUAUCUGACACGAUGCAAAAUGUGUCCUUGAAAAUUUGUCGGAGUACUUCGUAUUAUAAUUUGUAUUUGAUUUAGAUCCGACUUCCGGUUCGGGAGUUAUGGGGUAAAAUGUGCAAAAAAAAAGAAAAUAUAUGUUCUAACUUUUCUCAUAGAUGGCGCGACCGAUUUUCACAAACUUAGAUUAAAAUGGUCCUGGUCCUGUGGUCCCAUACGUAAUCCGGAAAUAUAGGGUAAAGUGUGUUAAAAAUUGUAUACCAUCACUUAAAAUGGGGAAAAACCUUAGAAAACUUUCUAAAUCGACCUCAAAUCUUUUCCAAUUGAUAGUUUUUAUCAGUAGACGGUCUAACAAACCGAUUUCGGUUAUUCUUUUAAGAAUCGAAGAAAAUUAUUUUGAAGAAUACCACAGUAUUAUAUAUGAUAGUAUGAAAGGCAUCGUUACACCACUAGGUGGAUUCAAACAGGUUUUUUAAAGUAUAUUUCAAACUUAAUUAAUUUGGUCCGCUUCUUGAAAACGUCAUAUGUGUUUACUUGGGCAUGUCGAAUUUGCGAAAGCCAAAUGAAAAGCGAUUACGACCGGCAUAAGGGGAUUUUCUUGUGUAAUAAAAAAAAAAAUUUUCUAGUUUGCAAUUUAAGAUGCGAACUAUUGUCACUAUUGGACGGAAAUGAUACAAAAGCAAGACAAAUGAUGGGGAAGCAGUUGAAUGUGUUUUGGCAAGCAUUUUUGGUCACCUGAGAGUCAUUGAAAGGAAACACAAAGGGUUGGUAAAUGGGUUCCACACAAACUGAACGAAAUGUGAAAAAAUCAGUGCGAAACGCUUGUUUUACGCUCCGACAGAAAGCGUUUUCCAUUGACUGACGACAAAAAAUUGAUAUAUUUUGAGAAUCCGAAACGCAAAAAAUUAGGAACAACCAUCAACAUCGAGUGCAAAACCGAACCGUUAAAAAACGAUGCUUUGUACGUGGCGUAAUUAAAAGAGAGUAGCUUCUUAAACCCGGUGAAACAGUUAAUAUCGUCCGCUACAAUCAACAAAUUGAACAAUUUGGAGCUCGCCGCAUUAAUCGAAAAAUGACCACAAUGGUGAUUCUGCAGGCAUGAAAACGCUUCAUCAUAUUAAGCCAAACAAUUUCUACGUUUAAUUGGGAACCCGCUUCACCAGUUCUGGCUCCUUACUAUCAAUUCUUUUUAUCGGACACGCACUGGCUAAGCAACACUUCCAAACAUUUGAGGAUGUGCGGAAAUUGCUCGAUGAAUGGGUAAAUUGUGUAUGAAACAAGUGUCAAAAUUGCCAUUGUUCUUGAAUAAUCGAUUGUUUUUGACAUUUUAUACUUGCGUACCUUGAAAGCGUACCUUGCUAAAAAAUCAAAACUACUAAUCAAUCCGACAAUACUUUCUCUUCAGAGAGAAAAUUGUAAAAUAUGAAAUCUUUUCUCAAUACUCAGUUGCAAUAUUUGAAGCUUCAAAUGCAUGAUUUGGUUCCAAAAAGGUGGACUCAAGCUUCCAAACCAAUAGGUUUCGAUGAGUAAUCUACUUUUAGGGAAGCCCACAUUAGAAUCAAACCCAAGUGGGUGGAAAAUUUUCAUUCCGAAUUCCAUGUGGAAUUCAGUAAGAAUCUCGAAUCAACGCGGACUCCAGUCUAUUCUUCUAGAUGGAAUGUAAUAAAACAUUCAUACAGAGAGCAAAAACUCAACUGUUGAGUUUUACCAGUUCAAAGUUAGGCUGUGUGCUAUUUCACCAAUGAUUUUAAGUUUUGAUUAAAAUUAGAUAUUUCAAUAGUCAAUUUUUAUAGAGUAGUUGAAUUUCACCAAAGACAUCAUAUUAACAAGAUAUCCAGCUCUCACAUUUCCCGAACAUAUAAUUGGCAACAUCCUUUUUUGCGAGCAUGUCGCCCUCAGGUGAGUCCGCAUCGAAUCUCAUACAUAGAAGUAGGGGAGAGAAAUGUCAAAUUCGUACGCGCCAAAAUAGCAGGGCUGCGCACCUAUACAAUUGACAUGACAUGUUGAAUGAGACGCCGUGCGAUGGCGUUGCUGAACUGAAGAUUGAGAUCGCUCCAAGCUGACAGGGUCUGAUUUCACUUUAGCUGUGAACAAUAUUGCGCAUUAUUUCAACUUUUAGUUGAAUUCUGACAGUUAUUAAAUAUGGUGUCAGAAAGACUCGAGGACAUGGCCAUCUUUGACAGUUCGAUAGAUAUUUUCGGACACUAAAAAAACAUGCAAGUUUUAGAUUUCUAGUAAAAAUUACUUCCGUGUAACAGCAUUUCUGAAUUUUUACUCGAAUAAAAUACCCUAAUAAAAAGUUUUGAUAUAUUACCGAACAAAGUUAGUUUUUCACAAAGCUCGUGUUAUGUUUUCGGCAUUAAAAUUAUUACGCUACUGGCUAUCAUUUUAUUUUCAGUGCAAAAUAAAACCAAAUAACUUUCCAUCCGUCGAAAUUUAAAUUAGACCGUAAUUUUAGUUUAAUUCAACUACUCGAUAGAGAAUAGCUAUCGUUCACAGUCUCAAACUACGACCCACUUCAGAAUUUGACAUAUGAAAAGUUAUUUUGAUUUAAUUGCACUGGACGCAAAAUUAUUACAAUUAGUAUAACAAUUGUAAUAAUGAGAACUUAAGUGAACACUCGCGAAAAACUAAUUUCGAUUGACAAAACAUUUUUACUUUAUGUUGAAGCGGAUAGUGUAACAAUUUAUGCAGAAGGGAUUCUUAAAAAGAUCUGAAACUUGCACUUUUUUGUAAGAUAUGCUUCCAGACUGGAAGCUCCAGUGUCUGAAUAUAACUCUAACCCACAGGUCCGUGCGCAGGAGUCAUUCAAGGGGGUGGUGUAAUGUGGAGUGAGAAAAGCACAAAAAUUUGAACGAAAAGUGCGUCGCAUCCACAAUAGUGACACUGUAAAACAAAUUCUGAGAACAAAGUAUGGAUUGUCCAGUUAUUUGCACUUUUAUAUAAUAAGUACUCUAUUGUUCAUGAAAGGUAGUGUUGAAAAAUCGUCCAUGAGAGGAUUAAUCCUCCAACCCCACCACCCACCAAAAAUUUCUAACAGAACUCUCAUUCAGGUGCAACAACCCAGCCGCUUCGGUUUUUAAUGUGGGAGCUUGAAAUUUCUUGAUCCGACUUGGGACAGGACUCGAUCAAUGUUGCCGGAACAGAAGGAAAGAUUGUAAAUAUUCAAUGUAAUUUCAAUUUAAUUUAAUUCACAUAAACGUUAGAGCAAAUUCCGCAGCUUCAAGAUUCAUAUGGGUGGUCUAUAAUAUAACUGAAACUAAAACAAACGUAUCCCCAGCAAGCCGUUUUAGUUUUAUUUAUUCGAACAGUUCUUCUGUCAAAUUUGAAACUGGUAUACGUUGCCGUUCUAUUUUUUCUAUAUUUGAAACACGAGUAAAACGCUGCUGGGACUGCCAGAAUUUCCACCUGAGUUGGGUGCUCGAUCAACUUGAUAGACAGUGACAUUAUAAAUGUCAUUACAUAUUCGCUCAUUUUAUAAAUGUGUUAGUGUAAAGUUUAGGCGACUUACGCCAUUUCACCACAGACUAACAGACAUGACAGUAUGAGUAAAUUCUUAUAAAAAAUAAUUUUUCGUGAUGCACUAGCUCCACCUAUAUUGUACUGCGCGAACUAUUUACUAUCUGUACACCCCUUGUGUUAUGUAAAAGUUUUUUUACUAGUUGGUUUCCCCUCGUUUGUCAACACCGAUCAGCUGCUUGCAGGGAUGCCUGAUUUCAUCAAAAUAUUUGAAAAUGAAUCGUCACAAUAAAUUAUUGGAUUACGUUGAUAAUAUAUUUAACUUUUUCGCGAUGUUGGAAGGUAACCAUUUAUUUGACUCAACGUUGUUCAUCUAGACUAUUUUUUAUUGUGUCGGUAGUUUUCACCAGAAAUUAAGUGGCGGCAGACCAGAAGCAAGUAAAUAUUGUAACAAAACGGGUUCGAUUUUGUCUUGCGUUGGAGGAUGAGAAAUAGGCACAAUUAUGUAUAUAGUUUUGGCCAUAUGUAUUAAAUCUGUAUCCUGCAUGAAAUUCGCAUGGACGUAUACAAAUCAAUACAUUACAGGUAAUUCUGUAUGAAUGGCAACUCUGUUGGUAAAUGAAAAAAAUAAACACAGUCUAGAUGACAGACAGGAUGUUUUUGAUAGGGUAACGUGGCGCCAUCAUGACACAUGUGAGUACUGUCCCAAAUAAAGGAAUAUUCGAAAAGACCGUUAAAAUGAUUGAAGAAUCUAAUUUGAGUGUCCUGUCUGUUAGUCUGUGAUUUCACUACAAUCCAGUUAGAGGAAUGGAUGAUGCUGACUAAGGUAGGCCUUUUUGGUAAUUUCCAGGUAAAUUCAGGCUGUGAACCAUUUCGCGGUUAAUUUUAACUUUUGGUUAAAAUCUGAGACUCGAGAGAUUAAUUCUCGGUUGAUUUUCCAGAAAACGGCCUAACAGCAAGUGACAGUUUCUCUUUGUUCACUCUCUCUUUCGAUUAUUGUGAUGUGAUCUACAAAGAUUUUCUUGGAUUUCACAGUUCUGUUUGGAAGUCAAACGUUUCGAGCAUCAUUCUAUGCAAAGAGUUAAGUGAUAAACAUGUAAACCGCUUGGUAAUUAAUAGAAGAGAAAGUAAACAAAGAGAAACUGUCACUUGCUGUUAUGGCCUUUUGGAAAAUCAACCGAGAAUUCAGAUCUAUGGUUAUUUUCCGACACUGAAAAAAAUCUUGCACUUCCGGUGAAACUCUCAACGGGUGAGCACGUUGCAUCGUGUUAGUCCGGAAAUUUCUAAUAUUAAUUUUUUAGUUGAAAUUAUUUUCAGAGGAAAAUAUACCCAAAUAACUUUCCGUCCGUCAAACUUUGAAAUGGGCCGCUGUCUCAAUAGUUUAAAUCAAACUUAAAGUCGAAAUCAUAAUGGAUUCCGAAUAAAUUCCGACUCCAGUGCAAGCACAGAUUCCGAAUCCCACCGGUUGAUUCGGAAAUCUGUCGGAAUUGAGUGAGAAGACCCACAGCUUCUGUCGGCUGCCAGAAUUCCUCACAAGUGGGUGGGUUAAGAGAUGGCAGACAUUUGAAGUUCAAAUGUCUGCAGCUUAAAUUGUCUCAGCACUCGAAACAGUCAAAUAAAGUGAUUUGUUUUGCGGAGUUUUCGAGUAAAGAGAAAAAAUAAUGAAAAUCUGGUUUUUUCCAACUGAUGUUAAAACUAGAAUUUACGAAAACUCAGCAGUCUUUAUUGAAAAUCUGUAAGUUACAAUAUAAAUUCGAAUAAAUUUACAGCUAAAACUGAUAAAACUCUACCAAUAUUAACUCUAAAAUCAUCACCAGGUGUCGCAAAAAAAAAACCUAGUCAUCUUUUCUUGCGCACUAAAAAGAUCCGAACCAAUGCUGUUUCUUCUAUUUUUCGAAUAUAAUUUUUAUUUAUCCUUUUCAUUAUUUUAGUGACGGGAAGGACCGCGUUAAGUACGAUUCAGACGGUCCGGCUUCUUCCGUCACCGUUACCGGAACGUCAACAUCCGUCACCGUCGUUCUGAUUCACACGAUCCGGUUUCCUGUCCGUGUCCGUCAUGUCAUUUUCUUACACGCAGAAUUUGAAGAACUUAGUUUCGCACAAUUUUAUUCCACUAAUACAAAAUCUGGGACAGAGAUGUCUAUCUCCUCUGUGUGACGAAGAGCAAGCAAAAUUUCUCCCCUCGCACUGACAACUUCAACGAGAGCUCUUCUCUUUCACAUUUAUACACCACUGUUGUGUAAAGUGUGCACGCAUCAUGAGUGCGUUUGUUUAUUUCCUUUUACCUCUUCCACUGAAUCGCACCAAAGUGCUAGAGCAUUAGCUAAUAAAUUCUCUGAGGUGGAUGCAGAUACUUUCACAGAGGUGUACACGCCGGUGAGCACUCUGCUGUAUGGUUUUCGUAGAUGAAGCGUGGACACGCAAAAUCCGCAAAAUAAAACAAUUUAUCGUAAAAUUUUCGGUUUUCCUUGCAAAUUUUUCAUAGCAAGGCCAGAUCUACUCUCUAUUAAUUGAAGUUCACAGAAGUGUUCGCUCACCAUCACGCGCCAGUGGUCACUUGGGUGUAUUUAGACGAGAGCGCGUGUGAGCGAUUCAUGCGAAGAGAAUGUGUUUCACUCGCGCUAGCUGCUUUAACCACAAGCACACACUCAAAUGCUGUCUAUUCGACACUGAGAAGAAGUGCGCUUUCCUCUUUGUGCGGUGCUUCGUUUUUUGCAUCCUCGGUGUGGCAAAAAUCUGACUCUAGCGUGUAUCAAUCUGGUGAAAUGCCAUCUCUGAUCUGGGAGCUUUUGAAGCCAAUCGAUCUGUUGUUUUCCUACCUUUUAAUCGAGUAAAUAACUUUCAAAAUUAACUAGAAAGAGGAAAAAACAAAACAAUCAGUCCUACUCAACAACGUAACGUACUUUGAAAAUCUACUGAUAAGUUUAAUUACUUAUAUGUGGUAUAUUUCGUUUAAGAGUGGGAUUUCGACACCCAAUACAUACAUAACAAACGUCAGCUCAAUACCGUAAUCAUAUAAAUCGUGCAUGUGUGCGAUAAUCACAGUCCGUCAAAUAUUUUUUCGGAGAAAUGUUGACGGAGCUUGCCGUUGACGUUUCGGAUCUCUGCUGGAUCGUGUGAAUGUGCAAAUUAAAAACUCAUUUGACUAAUUUUGACGGAGGCUGACGUUCCGGUGACGGUGACGGAAGGAGCCGGAUCGUCUGAAUCGUACAUUAUUUCACCCUCCCAGUCAACAUGUCUGGAAUUUUAUUCGGAAUUCAGUAUGAUUUUCAAGCUGGACAAAUUAGUUAAAUGAUAAAAUAUAUUGCAUCACAUAUUUAAACAAUUAAAAAUUAAAAUACGAACUGGUUAAUCCAGUAGAUAUAGAUUUUCAUUCUAAAGAACGACUGAGAACAAACAAAAAUUUCCGGUUUAUUAGACAGAGGUAAACAAGAAAAUUUUCAAUCCGGGAAGAUCCUUCCGACUUGGCCGCUACCUUUUCUGUUCUGAUUUUUCUCAUGAGAAGUGUUUCGUUUGCACUAGCUGGCAGGAUCUCUUGAAAUCAAAAUAUCUAUAAGAAUGAAGAACUACGAGUUGAACCACAGAUAAUAGAUAUACAAGCUCGAACAAAAUUUGUCUAAAUCCUGUGUAAAUUUCAAAUUUGCUUUACGUUGUAAACACUAUUGCCGCUACGUUUCGGAACGAUAACAAAGUCCUCUUGUCUGUUAUAGAAAUAUUCCAACUACAACGAUUUUAACACUGAUCACACGAUUUCCCUAAGUGUUUAAGACACAUUUAUUUCCAUGUCACAUAAAUCACACGAGAUUUUGAUCGGAAUAAAACAAAAAUAAACUUGUCAUUUUAACCAACAGCAAAAUAAAACUCUAGCAUGAAGUGAAUGUUGCAACCAAAAUUGUGGCUCAUGUGAAAGCGGCACCCAAAUCGUGGUGGCACCUCGUGUCGAUCGUGGUGACAUCUGAAAGUAUUCGCCACGCUGAUUAAGCAAAUUUUACACACAGUUGAUAUGUGAGCCUGUAUAUUUGUUAUCUGUGGUUCAACAUAUUCAACAAGAGAAUGACACAAUUUUAUCUGUGCUAUUUUGACAGCUGCUGGAUUCCAGUCAGACUUCUGUCGGCUACCAGAAUUAUUUAAAAGUGGGUGGGUUAAUAGAUGUCAGAUCAGAACUUCAAAUGUCUGCAGAUGGAAAAGUCUGCGCACUCGAAAUAGUAAAACACAGGUGAUUAGUUUUGUGGAGUUUUCGAGUGAAGUAAAAAAUAACAAUGAAAGACUGGUUUCUAUCAACUGAUGUUAAAACUAGAAUUCGUGAAAACUCGAAAAUUUACAAUAAUCGGAAGUCUUUAUUGAAAAUCUUUAAAUUAUACGUUAAAUUUGUAUAAAUUAAUGAUAAAAUUCUACUGAUAUUAACUCUAAAACCGUUAGCAGGAGUCGCAAAAAAAACCUAGCCAUCUUCACUUGCACACUGAAAAGAUUCGAACCAAUGCUGUUUCUUCUAUUUUUCGAAUAUCAUUUUUAUUUAUCCUUUUCAUUAUUUUAGUGACGGGUAGGACUCUGUUUAUGUUCUGUUUUCGGUUUUUAAUCAAUACGCAGUUUUAAAACUCACACUGACAGAAAAAUUGUGUUUUCAUUGGUUGAUUUCAUUUAUCAGUCCUUACUUAAUUUUUUCGAAUGUUCACUUGUUCUGCAAAACCGAAUAUCGACACUAAUCAUUUUUCUAACUAUUUCUUUUAGCAGCAUGUUCAGUAGCUCAAAAUUUCAUAUAAGAGAUGAAUGAUAGAACUGAAACUGAAGCAAACUUAAAACUUUGCUAGGGUUGUCCACUUUGUUUUGUUAUAUUUCCGGAUUCAAAAUUUUUAAACAGUCAUAAAUUAUGCAUCUAGAACUAAUUUCACAUGAAAUUAUUCCACCGCCAAAGUUGAAUGAAAACCGAUAAUAUCUACAAAGCAAAGAAGAACCAAGCCAUGAUGCACAACAUUUUACCAUGCGGACAAAAACAGAAACUACUUUUGAAAACGUACCAGUUUUUUACGAAUUAAUUUUUGAAUCCAUGUUUUUUGCAGACCCGAUUCGAUUCGAUAAACGACCGACAUCGCAAAAAUCGUAAACUACAAACUUUUUAAAACUUUUUUAAUAAUGAUAUAUACAACAGAUCAGAAGUGUAGGUCAAAUUUUUAGCUCAAAGGCUUUUUAGUCUUUCAAACACGAGAGUAAACCCCAGUUCGUUAAUUCAUAGAUCGAUACGACAAAUUUAUGCCAUUCGAUAUUAUUAAUUAUUUUUACUAAGCUACUAAGAAAAUCAGUAUUCAAAUACGUCCAAUUAUAAUCACGGUGAAGAAAGAAUGUGUUAGUAUCAAAAUUCAGGCCAUUGAUUUUCACUCAUCCUGCAUGUAUUGUCAAAACAAAAAAAAACUGUACUCAUCUGAAUUAUUGCAUCUAAUAAGCAAACUGUCACAUUGAAACGUGUCAGCACAAGCACAUUUAACCGAAAAUUAAAAAAACUUAAACGCAACUUAACUAAAUUCACACGAACGAGCAUCGUUGAUAGUUGUUAAAACAUCACAUUGAAAGAAAAUAACAUUAUACGAAUAAACGACCGGAGUCAUGUUUUCCCGAACAGUUAUACACAUAAACGGAACCCAAAACUAGUAACAACCGAUUUAAUCUACUCAAGCAAGCGAAACAAAUAUUGAACGAUCAACAAACCAAAAACUACACCAUUCCUCAGCCAAAAUAUUUGAGAAUAGCAUCAAACUUUUCUGACUUUUUUGUAUGGAAUAAUAAAAUCGAAAACAUGAACUCUAAAACUAAUAAACGAUUGCAACAAAAUGUAGUUAAACUAAA